AUGGAUGGUUUUAGAAGUAGACUACACAGCUGGGGCAAGAGUUUAGGGAACGCUUCAUUUGAUAGCGAUAAGGACUCGAUGAGGAACACUUAUAAGGGUAAAAGAAAUGAUGAUAGCUUCAUGGAGAAUGAAUCAUUCUCACAACAUGCAAGCCUGGAAGAUGAAGAUAAAUUGCCUGAAGUGGAAUUGUUAGGAUAUUCUGCCAAGACAAAGAAUAAGCUACUCACGAAGGAGAUGUGCGAAGAAUUGCGACAGCUAAUGCCAACGAGAAUUCAGUUAUACACAGAGUGGACAUUACUCUACAGUCUCGAGCAACAUGGUGCGUCUUUGCACUCAUUAUAUGAUAAUAUAAAAUAUGAUACAAAUACAAAUGCAAGAGUUGGUUAUAUUUUAGUAAUAAGAGACAAAAAGGGUGGAAUAUUUGGUGGAUAUGCUAAUGAACCUUUCCAUCCAACGGACAGUCGAAGGUACUACGGAAAUGGGGAAUGUUUCCUAUGGAAAUUAGAGAAAGUGCCGGACUUGCAACUCCAUGGUAACGAGAAAGUAGAAGCGUCUGGAAAUAAACUGCACAAUUGGCAGUUACGCGGAUUCCCCUAUACAGGCAUAAACGAGUUUUCAAUUUAUUGUACCAGUAAAUUCCUAUCCAUGGGUGCGGGUGAUGGACAUUACGGACUGUGGAUAGACGACGGAUUGUUUAAAGGUGUUACGUCACCUAGUCUUACAUUCGGAAAUGAUGUGUUAAGUAGGGAAGGUUCUAAGUUUCAUAUCAUUGGAUUAGAGGUAUGGCGUGUUGGACGAUGA